AUGUCUAUGCCAUCUUGGAUAACGAGGGAGACCUUCCAGAAGAUCCUGACAAAUUAUUUUAAAGCCAACACGAUUGAUGUUAUAUCAUUCACGUCCAAAGACGCUUGCGGAGCAGGUGAAAACUACACCAGUGAUAUAUUUAGAACUACUAUUACAUUUAGAAAAAAUAAGGGGGAAAUCGAACUAUUGUCAGUAAUAGUAAAAUGUAAUAGUGCAGAUGGAACAAAACGAAAUUUAGCAGAAGUUUGGAACUUGUUUGAUAAAGAAGUUGAAAUGUAUAAAAGUACUCUGACUGUAAUUCACAAUUUGCUAAAGGAUGAAAAUACAAUUAGUUCAAGGUGCUAUUACACUUCUCUUACACCACAUGCGUUAAUAGUAAUGGAAGAUUUGUCAGCAAGUGGCUACAACAUGCUUUCCAGGCAGCUUGGAUUUAACCUAGAAAUAUCAAUUAAAGUCAUGGAGAAAAUGGCAAAGUUGCAUGCAGGAUCUAUUCUUGCAUACAAAAAGAAUCCAGCAAUAAUGAAAAGCUACAGUACAGGGUUACACAAUGAUGCUGACGAACUCGUUAGAAAAUGGGUAAAGAAUGGAUUUUCAGCCCUUGCCGAUGCUUGUUUAACUUGGCCAGGUUUUGAGCAGUACGGACAAAAAUUGAAAAUGUUAGGUGACCAAGCAAUGGAGAGAGGGUUUCAGGCUAGUAAAAGAAAACCAGGUGGUUUCCACGUUCUUAAUCAUGGAGAUACGUGGGUAAACAACAUGCUGAUAAAAUAUGGGUCCGAUAAAAGUGUUGCAGAUGUAAAAUUUAUUGACUUUCAAAUGGCAAUUUUUACAAGUCCAGCUAUUGAUCUUCAUUUCUAUAUAUCAUCGAGUCCAGACACAAACGUAAAAUUGGACCAUUUAGAUCUACUGUUAGAUAUAUAUUACUCCCAUUUAAUUGUCAAUUUAUCAAGAUUGCAUUAUCCUCUCAAUAAAGUACCCACUAGAGAGGAAUUUCUUAAAGACGUUUAUGACAGAAACUUUUUCGGUAAGUGA